ACAAUUUAUUAUUAUUUGAAAUCUGUGAAAAAAACAAGACAAAACAAUUAUUAUUGGCCAUUUUUUACAUCGUAAACAAUGAGCUAUGAGUGUUAAGAUUUGGCCUUGAGAUUCUUGAGAUUUUAUUUAUUUUUUUUUCACUUCUCUGCCAUUAUCAUCCAUUUUCUAUUCACACACACAAAAAAAAGAUGGCCCGAAUACAUCAUGAUUAUGAUGAAAUGCAUCCACUUUAUCGUGUGAUAUUACCACAUCGUUGUGAUCAAUUAUUAUUUGGUGUUGAACCAAAAACCAUUGAUAAUUAUGAUGAAUCAGAAAUAGCAACAACAACAGCAUUGACACCGGUAAUGAUUCGUCGAAAGUCAUCAAGAAAAUUGAUGAAAAAAUCAAAAAAAAUUUCUAUUGAUAAAACUAGUGAUGACGAUGAUGAUGAUGAUGAUAAUAAUAAUAAUAAUUAUGGUUUGAAACAACUACGUAUGAAUAAACAUUUGAAUGCAAAUAUUAUGAAUGAUACAACAACCAACAAUAAUAUCGAUAAAAAUCGAUGUGGUUCAAAUCAAUCAAAUUGUUCAUCCGGUGGUACAUCAUCAUCGGCAAGUCCAUUUCAUCGCCAUUCAAAAUAUACAUCAUCAACUAGAUCAUUUUCAAAAUCAAGUCUAAAACAAUUAUUGUUUUCAUUCAAACGUUUUACACCAUCAACAAUGACUAGUGACUGUGAUACACAACCAAGUGAUUUUGAUCCAGAUGAUUUAACAUUAUUACGACGUAAUCGUCAUCAUCAUCAUCAUCAUCAUCAGAAACGAUUAAAAUCGGAUAAUAAUGUUCAUCAUCAUAAGAAUAAAAAUAAUAAUAAUCACAGAAAUGCACGCAUAACAAGUAGUAUGAGAUUAUCACCAUUUUGGAAGCCAAAAAAAUCAUUAAUUCUUGAUCAAGAUAAUCGUCGUGCUAUAUCUAUACCGGAUCUAAGUUCAAUGAAUCUUAAAGAUGAUUGUUUAAUUGAACAGAUGAUGAGUGAACCAACAGCAACAACAACAACAAAAACAAAAAAAUUAACUACCGGUGUAGAAAUAGAUAAUUAUUAUACACAAACUGAAGAUGAUGAACAAAAUAAUAUUGGCCAUAAUAUCAGUAAU